AUGAAUAGGUCUUGCGAAGAAAAUAUUUCUGUCGCCGAGAUGACUAUGCUUGUCACGGUUCACUACUUGACCAAGCUUCUGGACUUUACCAAUUGCGAGAUACAGAAGAACCUUGGCUUAGAGGCCGACCAAAUCGAUGCUACAGAGAUGGCCAUCUGUGUCCCCGUCAUCUGGGGUCAGAUGGCAAUCCGUAACAUGCAAUUUUGUAUGGGACUGGCCGCAAGGCUAGCUGGCUUCCCAGGCGUGACGGUAAAGAACAAGUCCAUGGACAACGUUUUUAUUGUGUCGGAGCCAGAGGCUGGAGCUACAUGGCUUCUAUCAGCAGGUUUGGGUGAUAUUCACGUAUUCUAG